UGUCCCUGAAGCCGGCACGAGUGAAACUGAGAUCCUGGGGAGGGGGUUGGGGGAGGUUGCAUUGCCUUCGCCACCAACAUGCCCUUUGAUUUCAGGAGGUUUGACAUCUACAGGAAGGUGCCAAAAGACCUUACGCAGCCAACCUUUACAGGAGCAAUUAUCUCUGUCUGCUGCUGUCUCUUUAUACUGUUUUUGUUCCUGUCUGAGCUUACUGGAUUCAUAGCAACUGAAAUUGUCUGGAAGGGAGGUUGCAUAGGGAAGAGGAAUCCUUUGAUCCUUGGAGGUGUUAAUGAGCUCUAUGUGGAUGACCCGGACAAAGACAGUGGUGGUAAAAUAGAAGUAAAUUUGAACAUCAGUUUGCCAAAUCUACACUGUGAAUUGAUCGGACUGGAUAUUCAAGAUGAAAUGGGAAGACAUGAAGUUGGUCACAUUGACAACUCAAUGAAAAUUCCUCUGAAUAAUGGGGAUGGAUGCCGGUUUGAGGGCCAAUUCAGCAUUAAUAAGGUUCCUGGUAAUUUUCAUGUAUCAACACACAGCGCCACUGCACAGCCACAGAAUCCUGACAUGACGCACAUCAUCCACAAGCUCUCCUUUGGUGACAAGCUACAGGUCCAGAAUAUCCAUGGAGCAUUCAAUGCAUUAGAGGGAGCAGACAAACUCAGCUCAAACCCCCUUGCAUCCCACGAUUACAUACUGAAGAUUGUCCCAACUGUGUACGAAGAGAUGAAUGGCAAACAGCGGUACUCAUAUCAGUAUACUGUAGCCAACAAGGAAUAUGUAGCAUAUAGCCACACAGGACGUAUCAUUCCAGCCAUCUGGUUUCGCUAUGACCUGAGUCCCAUCACAGUGAAAUACACAGAAAGGCGACAGCCCUUGUACAGAUUUAUCACAACAAUUUGUGCCAUUAUUGGAGGAACAUUUACUGUAGCUGGGAUUCUUGACUCCUGCAUUUUCACCGCAUCAGAAGCCUGGAAAAAGAUCCAACUAGGGAAGAUGCAGUAGCAAAGCAACUCUGAUUCCAGCCCAUGGGACAGAAGCAAUGAAUGAGAAGCCCACUGCUAUCAAUUUCUCCCUUGAGUAUGAGGUUGAAUUGGCAUGUGUCUUUAGUUAGAUUAUGGAAAGCUUUUUUAAAAGGAGCAAAAAACUGAAACAAAUCUACAUUUCUGAAAGUUGAUGGCAUUAACACGGGAAUUUGUGGUUCUAUACUUUCCACUUAGAUAUGGUGGUAGAGCUUACUUGCCCUUUUGAUUUUAAAACUAAAAUCUAUAUAUCUGGAUAGCACAAUUCUUUUGAGUGCUGAAAUUCUUACAAUAUACUGAUUAUAUAUAUAUAUAUAUAUA